GACUACGACAAACAUGAAAAACAAAAAAAGCGUAUAUUAGCAUAACAAGCAGCAUUGUGCCAUUUUUUCUUUUUCAAAUAUUGAUUUCAAGCUUCAAACAUAUUUCCUUUCUCCUUGAACCAUCUGUGCAGCUCGAAGCAAAGCUUCGCACGAAUGGAGAUGGGUCGUGAAUUGUGCUCACCUUCCCUUUUUCCUUGUUUUUAAACGCCUUGUUGUGUAAUAGUGUCAACAUCCCUCAUCGACGUAUUUGUUGUAUGUCAUCAAAACUAUGGCGGACAAGAACGUCGACAGCGCUGCGCUGACAGCCGCAGUGGAAGCGGCUCUCGGCAGGAACGACACGACGGAAAACAAGGGCGAUGAGAAGGAACAAGCAAUUGGUUUUGCAGGUCCAAGAAACGGCGCCGGAGAAAUAGUUGAGAAAGUAAAUCCCAACACGCACGAAAAUGCAGAGAAGUCCGCCCCGGGGCUGGCCUCUGGAACAUCAAGCGUGGCAGAUGAACCACUACCACCUGAAGACCCCGUGGCGGAUGAGAUUCCGGAAAACAUUUUCGAGUCCCACGACACCCUGAUGGAUUAUCUCUCGGCGGCGAUCGCGGGGGACGAUGGGGAGAAGGCCCCAUCGCCUGAGGAUGAGACGACGACUUUGCGGAAAAAAAUCACGGAGAAGCGCGAGAUGCUGAAGCGCAAAAAGGAAACCGAGAAGUUGUUGGCCGAGUUGGACCUGGACGAAACCUUGAAGUCUGGCGUGCUCAGUGAUCUUUUCGCGUCCGCCGCCGGGCCGCCGACAGGAGGGGAUGCUGAAGCCGAAAAGGGACCUUCGGUUGUAGUGCACGACAACGCGGAAGCUGAGCUCCAAGAAACUAAAUAAACGCCCCUGAACGAAAUAACCUAUGGCCAGCAAAGCUUAGACGUUUUAUGCCGUGCGUGUCGCUCCAUGCGGAUGAGCAUGAGUGGCGUGGCGCCGGCCAGGUGGCAGCGGUGAAAAUCCUUCCAGACGACCGUCUUGGGCGAUUGGGCCUUGAGUAAGCGACCCCCUUCUGUCUCGCGCACCACCAGAAUGCGCGUUGCGCCUCUUCCCCGGAUCGCGUCGCUGCUCGUUGCGCGCUAGCAUUGCGCAACAGAAAGCCAGGAGAGUCUGGCACACCAAAAUUGCUCCGAGCCACUGGCUCAAGCUGUGCUGCGCAGGAGGGGCGGCGGCUGUAAGUCGCCUGAGUGCUUAGGGCCAUUGGGGCCGAAGUCGCAUCCUGCUCUGCGGGGGUGAAGGGAUCAGUGUAGAGGCGUGCAGCGCAGGCGGGCGCAGUGUCAAGUAAAGGCAAUCGCUUCUCCUUGUGUGUAGGAGUUGGUGGGGAAGGCGGAGGAAAAGGCGGGUAGGAAGUAGCGGCUUCGCCGAGGACGCGCACUUUUUGACUAGGUGGCGACGGCGAGGAUGCGUGACGGUGGUGUUGGUGCUACGCCUUUGCUUUGGUAGGGUAAUAGCAUAGAGCAGGCGAGAAAGAGGGCGAGAUGAUGGCAAAACUGAUUUGCAGUGCGUGGGUCUUUUAGAGGUUACACGCAUCACGCGAGAUAUCGCUCAGCCUCUUGCACUUGCUUCUCGUCGUUCUACAGCGUUGGCAUUUUUGCAACGGUUGCACUUGUCCUGUGCGAACAUACACCGCAUGCGCAUCGCCAUAAAGGAGAAGGGCAGGAUCUGGGUGGAGAGUGGUGCGGCCCUCUUUUCCGGCAUGCCAGCCCAGCUAGCAUUCCCUCGGGGUGAUGACUGCGGCGCACCAAAAAAAAAACGGCGCGGCAUCUUGAGAACCCGAGCAAUUUUUGCCGGGAAUCAAGUAGACGCAGACACCGAAAAAAGGGCCGCACUCCGGCCGUGCCCCGGCACGUGGUAAAGCCACCCAGAUAGUGCGGCCCUCCUGUGAAGCAGACAAAAUCUUGGAGACCGCUCCGCCCUUCGCGAAUUCCGGUUGCGGAAUUCGAAAAGGGCCGGGGCUACAGCUUUUCGAAGCCUCGCGAGCCAUCUUUGCGAAGUGGCAGCCCGCGUCUUUUCGAGUGUUCCUCCAGCGCCAGAAACCGCAAAAGCCCGGCGCGGGCCCAGUUGAAAAGCUGGGCACCGCAUCAGCCGCCGCACCUCCGCGCGGCCCUCGGCGUAGGGAGAACCGUUUAGCUUGGUCGGCGUCGGGCCGACGGGGGCGCAGCGCUAGCUUAAGUAGUUAGGGUUGUGCAGUGGCCUGGCGCGAUAUGCCAAACAGUCACCACCUGGGAGAAGAGUCAACACACGACAGAUGACCGCCUGAUAGCUCUAGCACUUGGAAAGUUGGAAUGCGGAAGUGCCCUGCUGCCCAUAGCGAAACCAGUUUUAUUUUGUUUGGGGGCGUUUAUUGUGUUAUAUCGGUUGUUGUAGUGCACGACAACGCGGAAGCUGCCCCGAAGAGCGACGAAGUCGCAGCGCAGAAGGCCGGCGAGGGGGCAAAGCCGAAGACGUUUCCGCUGCCGCCGGAACUACUUAUGGGCGGCGCGCCGCCCGCGAAGGGACCGAAGGGUGCCGCCCCAAAGGGCGGUGUAUCACGAGGACCGGCUGUUCCCGGCCUCGGAGCUGCACUUGCUGCUGCGGCCGCCGCAAGUAAGGGGAGCGCGCUCUCCCAUCUGUUUGCCUCGGCGUCCGGAGCGACGGCAAGCAAGGGUGGCAAAGGACCAAAAGUGAGCGCGGCGACCGUGCAAGCAAAGGUACUUACUGCUUGGAAAACAUUCUGAUUGGAGAGGCUGAUUUUUGAUGUCAAAGAAGCUUGCACUCGCCUUGAUUUUAUUUGGAAGGAGCUUCUUGUUGUUCUUGUUUAAUGCGAGUGUGUACGAAGUAACUUCUAGUGCUACUAUUCAAUAGAGUUUAUUCUCGACACUAAUUCAGGCCGGGCAGCUGUUCAGUGCGGGCGCCCUACUGGUCCGCUGGGGAAAAGACAAGGGGAAGAGCGAGUUGUUGAAGAAGGGUGUCGCAUUGGUAAAAGGGGCAACGCGGAUAAAGGGCGCCCUUGGGACGAAAGGAAAAGGCACCACGGCCGCGAGCGGAUCCCCGCGAAUGCCAAUGCCGAAUCCACCUGCCGCCGGCGCAACGGUCCUGCCGGUUCCGCCGCCGGCGGUGGCGGGUCGUGGUCCCGUCGCGCCACUGCUGCAGGGAAGCGGUGCCUCGAAAGGCGCCCCCGCGGGCAAGCCACAGAAGUCUGCCAUGGUGCUGGUUCCGAGCUUGGCCGAGAAGCAGGGUGGAUUUCCCCCGGCCGCGAAAUUUCCACCGCUCGGAGCGCCUGCAAGUAGUACUAUCCAAGCACCUGGAAUAAAGCAGCGUGUGCUGCCACCUCCACACACAGCGGAAACGUUCCCCGUUCCGGCGCUCCCCCCGAGAAUCGUCCCGAACCCGCUUCCUCCUCCUCCUGGAAUAAAUGCAGUACUACAUCAUCAGUCGGCAAACAACAUUCUGCCCGUGUCCGGAGCAGUCAUGAGGCAAACAUUCCCCGCCCCCCCUGGUCCACUCCCGGCGCACCAGAGCUCCGUUGGCGCCAACGGACCACAGUUCCCGCCUCCGGCCGGCGCGACCGUGGUUCUUCCCCCGCCCGGCCGCUUUCCACCUCCGAUGCCGGCUUCGUCGAGCAAGUACGGCGGUGUCCCAGUGGCUGGAUCAUGCGGUGUAGUUCAACCAACGGGAGCAGCUGCACCGCAAGGGACGGCGGAUGAUGCGCCCUCACCGCCACAAACCGGCGUGAGCGACGAAAUUCUGGACAACGCGCACGUGGAAGAAAACGACGACGACGAUCCGGAAUACGAUUUUACCAGAAUCCCCUUGGAGUCGAACAACCCUAGCGAGGACGAAGAUGAGCGCGAGGACGCCGGCGGAGGACACUCUUCGUCGUCAGAGGAUGGCACGCCCGACGGCAGCCGACCCCGAAAGCGCGCUCGGCGGUGGUGGGAGGAGCCGGAAAGUCGCGCGAAAAACGAUUUUCUGUUCGCGCAGGCUCGUGGGGAGUUGAAAAGCAAGGCCCCUCCCGGUGCGGCAUCGGUAUCUGCUUCGCGCAAAGGUGGGGCAGGAAAGUACGGGCUCGCGGGCGGAGGCGGCGUUAAAGGUGGGCCACCAAGUCCUCCCCCAAGAGUAGACCCGGCGGUGGUGGUCGACGAGGACGACCCAGACCUGCCACAGCCCGCCCUUUCCUUCGAGGCACUGUUGCAAAAGCAAAAUCAGUUUCAGGCCGCGGAGAACCUACAAAAGGACCGGCUGUCCCAAAACUUUCGACAGUUCAGGAAGUAGUACCUUUCUUGUCCGCGCGCUCAGUAAGUACUUACAUCACGACGACCCAAGUUGAAUUUAUGAGUUGUGAGUCAACAAGUUUCAGUCGAGUUCGAGUAAGAAAAAGAAUACAGAACCAGAAAGCCUCAAUCGGGCUGGGCACUUUCUGUCCAUCGCACGUGUGUGCGUUUGAAAUUGCGGGCAGUCUGUUCGACGUGCCAGCUGGGUGAUAUGCGGUUCAGUUGCUUGAGUGCAAUAUCAAAAGCAAAAACCUGGUACAGUUGAAGGCGUCUGCUUCUCGGAAAGAGCGAACAAGUGUCAAAAUCUCUCUGUGCGUAGUACCAAAGAGCCUUAAUCGGCUCUGUCGAUUGGCUAGCGCCU